AGCAGCAUCCUUCAUCAGACAGAGAGGAGAGAGGAGGGACGAGUGUGAGGAGAGAGAUACGGAUAUAAAACAGCAGAAGAAGAAGACUGAUGGUUUCAUCUAAGGGACGGACAAGAGACACUAAGGGAAAGACAAGCAGCGAGAGAGAGACCGGAGGCUUUAACUGUGUGUAUUGAGGACCAUCAGCUGAUUGGACCACACAUGUUGGAGGGCGGAGCCAUGAUGGGCAAAGAUUACAUGUUGGCCAUCCUCAUAGUCAACUAUGACGACAACAUCUGGACCGACCAGAACCUGCAGCUGGAUCCAGAUCUACCCUCUGGCUGGAGAACCAUCAAAGAUUCAACAGGAACGUACUACUGGCACGUUCCCACUGGGGCCACCCAGUGGCAGCACCCCCGGCUCAGUGGGUCAUCCCAGCUGCUCGACACGCAGCUGAAUGGCGGACAUCAGAGCUCCAACAAAGAGACAGGAAUGAAGCCUGAGACCAGGUCUUUGCGGCAUGAAGAUUAUCUCAGAUACCACAACCCCAAUUCCAAGUGGUUUGCAGUUCGCUCUCUGGGCUGGCUGGAGGUGGAAGAGGAGGACCUGUCUCCCGGUCGUAGCAGUCUCGCUCUCAGUAACGUCAUCCAACAGCUGUCUCACUGCGGCAGCCCAGAGCAGAGAGACAGGCAAGGGGCCCGGGGGGAGGGUCAGGAGAUGAUGCUGGUACUGAAGAAGGACACUCUGACUUUGUUGGACCCUUUAGACCACACUUCACUGCACUGUCAGCCAAUCAGCAACAUCCGUGUAUGGGGUGUGGGCUGCAACAACGGCAGAGACAGGGACUUUGCCUUUGUGGCCGGCGAUAAGGACAGCUGUGUGUUGAAGUGUCACGUGUUUCGCUGUGAUGCUCCAGCCAAAGCCAUCGCCAUGGCGCUGCACGAGAUGUGCUCCAAGAUGAUGUCAGAGAAGACAUCAAUGAGGCCGUCUCGCUCGCUGACAAUGGAGAGUAUCUCACCCGAAGACCUGCCCCGACAAGUGGAGUUUCAGGAGGCGAUGAGAAAGCAGGUCCAGAAGUUUGAUGUGCAGUACGUUGGUAACCUGCCGGUGUCCAGAGCAAUGGGUAUGGAGGUAUUGAACAGAGCGAUAGAGAGCAUCAUGAACUCCACGGACAGAGACGAGUGGGAGGCGACGGUGAUCCACAUCACCGAUAACAUCUUGUCCCUGUGGAAGGGAAAGGAAGGGGAGGAGCCUCUCUGGGAGUGCCAGGUGCGUUUUCUCACCUUCCUGGGGGUCGGCCACGACAGCCGCACCUUUGCCGUGAUAGUGGACGGCGGCACGCAGAGGUUCGAGUGUCACGUGUUCUGGUGCGAGCCGGAUGCGGGAAACCUGUCUGAGGCGGUGCAAGGAGCGUGUAUGGUCCAGUAUCAGAAGUGUCUGGUAGCUCAGACUCCGCCUCCGAGGACCAAGUCAUGGCGUGCGGCUUCGUCGAAGGUCAAACGGGCAAACUCCGUGGACUCCUUCCCGCCUAUAACCUCCAAUCUCCAAGGCAACAGCAAUAGCGGCGGCGCGAUGAUACCCAGGAUGACCAAGGGCGACAGCGGCGUGAGGAGGGGGAUGCUGGCCUUCUUUGAAACUUUUCAGAAACAAGCCGCCAUCUCCUAAGGAAGGGGCGGAGCCAACAGAGACUUGAGUCAUCAGGUGGCCGAUCCUCCAGAACUGAAAUGGGUCUGCCUCAAAAUCACAGUGACAUAUGGGAGACCAUAAGGGUUGCAUCCUCUUGCCUCAUCCUCGUCUCUGACUAUCGCUCUUGCCAUCUCUCGUCUCGUCUCGCUUUUGUCUCCUCUUGACGUUUCUCGCCUCCUCCCCUCUUCUUCUACCGUCUCCUCUUGUCUACUAUUAUUGACUUGCGUUUCCUCAUCUUGUCUCUUCUCUUCUCUCAUCUCCUACUAUCGCCCGCUGACCCCUCUCAGUAGUUAUUAGCUUUGAUUAACAUAGCUUAGCUUAGCAAAGGCUUUCUGACUGCAGGUUGAACAACUUCAAGGAAAUGUGUUGGGAUGCUAGCAUGAUGCUAACAUUAAGCUAACGUGGGUUUUUCAUGUAAUCCAACGUGACAGAAACCGACAUGUUUCAGAGACUCAAUCGUCCCUCACAGCUUUUGAUCUACUUUCCAGGAUGAUCCAGUCCUAAAUAAACGAGAAACAUCAGAAGAGAUAUUAUUGACAAAGAAACAACAAUUUCAGGAGAAUACAUGAACUCAGAGAAGAAGAAAAGCAUUGUCCACAUUCUGGCCAACAGUGGGCAGAAAUACUGGUGUUGUGUUUAUUCAUUUACCUGUAUUCUUCUUCUGGGUUUGUUAUACACGGCAGGUAAGACGUUGCCAUGGUGACAGCUGCUUACAACAACUCAAAACGCAGUCUGAGGAAAGUCUAACCCGGACCCAGAAAGAGAGAAAGCAACAACUAUAUUUCUACAUAAUAUUUGAGUAAACACAUCAGCAAUUUCUUGCAAUAAUUAGUUGUGCAUAAAUAGAGAAAUAUGUUAAAAUUAUUUAAAGUGUUGGAAUGAUUAGACAUAUACAUUGCAGUAAUUAGAGAAAAUUGUUGCAAUAAUUUGAGAAAUAAGCAGUCAUUAAAGAGAUAGAAAUUGCAAUAAUUGGACAAAAACAUUUUCUUGAAGUAUCAAGUAUUCAUCAAGAUAUUUUAAUACAAUUUUGACUUUUCUUGUAAAAAGUGGACUCCUUUCCAGGAGAUGUUUUCCAGUUUCCUGAUUCUCCGUCACACAGAUGUUAUUGAAAGUACUUUAAUUACUAACUAACUACAUUAGAUCUAAGAAGAAGAAGCUUGAAUGAGCACUAAAGUCCAGCGUGUUUUUGAAGGGUGCAGUAGAAGAACAAUCCAACGGUCGGUGAAAGCAUUACUACAUUCAUCGAAACUUUAUCUUAGUGGAAGUCAACGGCAGUUUGACUCCUAGACUCGCAGUUUGCAUGUCGGCACAAAUGAGAGCAUGGGAGGUCAUUGAAGGAGGAGCUACAGAACGUCAAGUAGCAGCUGCCUCCUGAUUGGCUGCAGCGUCUGUCGCUAGAAGCUUCGGUGUGUUUAUGUUGGGAAAUCUCAGGCAGUUUUUUGUCGUUGUGUCUGUAUGUCUGAAAUACUUUGGCAUCAAGCCAGCUGAUGAUGUCAUGUAGAGACAAUCCAAAAGUAAACAAGGUACCGACUUACA